UAACCUGCGGCCACGAGUUUCUACUUGCACAAACAAACAUGGACAGCUCCGCGCCUCGCUACCACGAGCGGCAGUCGAAGCAGAUGUGCCUCAAGCACACGCUCAACAAUUUGUUUCAGGAGCCGGCCGUGACCUCUGCCACACUGGACGGGCUGGCCGACCAUCUCGCGACCCCGUCUUGGGGCUUCAGUCCUCACAGGACCGCGUUCCUGGGCAAUUACGACAUCAACGUGCUGGAGCUCGCACUGCAGGAGCGGGGCAAGAUGCUCCAGUGGGUCAGCCCGCCUAAGGCUGCCGAAGCCGGUUCCGAAUGGCCCGAGGCAGCGCUGCUGGAGCGGCCUGACCUUUUUGCGCUGGUGCUCAACGUGGUGCCGUCGCCGGCGCAAUCAUCGGGGGCUGCUGCAUGGGGGCUAGCAUCACUGGCUCGGCGCCUGGGCCUGGCGGGCCGGCACUGGCUGGGCUUCCGUCGCUUCGGCGGCCAGUGGUACAAUCUGGACAGCCACCUGCCUGCCCCGCAGCUGGUGGGCAACGACGCUGCCCUGCGUGACGUGCUGCAGCACUCGUACCACUGCGGCGACUGCGGCGGUGGCCCUGCGGGCGGCGGACGCGCCAACGCCUGUGAGCGCCCGCAGCUGCUGGCGGUGCUGGAUGCUGCGCCAGGGCGGUGACGGGAGACAACGGGUGCUAUUUGAAGGUGCCGCCUGCUGCCUCGUCAACCAGCAGGGGCUGUACGCCGCAUGCUGCUGCUGCUGCUGGCGCAGCCGUGAGCUAGAUCGAUCAAGCUACUGCAGCGCUGG